AUGGAGUCUCUGGAUGCUACCACCACCGCCGUCGCCUCGGCUCUGUCCAGCGCUGCCGGUGCCGGGACUGGUACCGCCUCCAUCAAUGCGCCCAACCCGGCACUGUCCUCGGUCAUGACACGCGCCAAUGAUGUCGUCGUCACCCACGGCUCCUUCUCGUGGAUAGGCCUCAUCGCGAGGUUGAUCCUCUGGACGCUGCAGCUGCUGUCCACCAUCAUCUACUUCGCCCUCAAGCUUACCACUAUAUCCAUUCCCACUUUGCUUUUUAAUCUUUUUUCCACCAGCUUGACGUUUACCAUGAAUGCCACGACCAUAAUGAUAAUAUUAGCGUUGAUAUUUUCCGGAAUCAGCUGGGUUGUUCGGUACCGCUAUCUGAACAUGUACUCCCGGCUUCCGCCAGAGCCUCAGAGAAAGGAGCCCGAGGUCGAGCUCUUCCCUGACACACAUGAGGACGGCAUCAAGUCCGGCCUGUCCAAUUACUUGGACGAGUUCUUGAGUGCCAUCAAGAUCUUUGGAUACCUGGAGAGGCCCGUCUUCCACGAGUUGACUCGUAGCAUGCAGACAAGAAAGCUGAUUGCCGGCGAGACCCUGAACCUCGAAGACGAGCAAGGCUUCUGCUUAGUUGUUGACGGCCUUGUCGAGAUAUUUGUCAAGUCUGCGAGAGCAGCCAGAGGUGCAUCGGCCAACAGCGUCGGCAGCGAGGGCUCGUGGGACUCGGUCAGUGAUGCCGAAGAUGGGGAGAUGCACCGCCCCGGCCAGCAGCGGUAUCAGCUCCUCACCGAGGUGCGGAAUGGCGCCCCCAUGUCCUCGCUGUUCACCAUCAUGUCUCUCUUCACCGAAGACGUCAAAUUACGGCAUGCCGACGACGAGGCACCCAUGCCUGACACCGCCGCCUCCCAUGACGGCCAUUCCAGGUUUCCCUCGGCUGCUGGUCUCGAGAAGCCCAAUGAGAUACCCAUCUCCUUUCCCAGUACCCCCAUGUCAGAAGGUCCGCCGAGUAGUAGUCGGGGAGUUCGGCUUCAGGAUCCCGCCAACCUGAAGCCUGGGACUGGCACGUUGCCGAGGGUCCCGCACAUGUCCCUCGAUGAUGGCACUCCUCCUAACAGUCAUUUCCCUCGGCAUCACCAGCUCAAGGCCAGGCCAGGGAUCAAGCGUGUUGGGACCAGCUCGGUGCACCCAGACGUCAUUGCGAGGGCAUCUGUGGACACCACCAUCGCCAUCAUCCCGGCUAGUGCCUUCCGACGCCUCAUUCGCGUCUACCCCAAGGCGACAUCUCACAUCGUGCACUUGAUCCUCUCUCGCUUCCAGCGGGUCACCCUCGCAACGGCCUUCAGCUAUCUGGGCUUGGGUGGUGAAGUCCUACAGACGGAGAAGAACAUGAUCAAGUACACCGUCUCUCAGCUCCCGAAUCAUUUGAGAGGGGACCCAUUGGAGCGCCUCAAAGAGAAAUUUAAACGAGAACGCGAGCGAAUUGGAGAGAGAGAGGCUGGGAAAGGCAUUGCACUUCACAACUCCAUGGCGGCAAGUCGCCGCCGGACAUCCUCAACAGGCUUGCGGAAAGAAGCUGUGUUGCAAGCUAUGAAAGGAUCCGUGGUCACCUCAACCAUAUCUCACCCUCAUGAGCGGGGUUCAAUCCACGUGCCCAGCCCGGGUGAUCUUUUGGCUAACAUACAGCACGCACGAGGCGGAGGGCGCUCAUCACAACAGCUCUCUGCUCCACGCCACGACACCACUCGCUCUUCUGAAGCGCAGCUGAAGGAAGGGGUGUCGCCUCUGGCAGAGAGGACCUUCAACCCCUUUGCAAGCCAGCGGAUCUCUCUUGGCAAGAGGGAGCAAGUUGAUGAGGACAAUGUGUUCCGAGAAUCCAUCUUGGAAUGCAUGUUCAAGGCCAUCGGCUUGGAAUCGAGUGGCACGGCAUCUAGGGGGACCGAUUCGGUUGAAGCCUCACCGAGACUUGUUUCAUUCGACCAACGGCGCCACAAGGCAAUCUUCUCCAACAACGCGUUCGGCUUCAUGGGCCCGUUUGAUGCAUCGGUCGACGGGGACACUGAGUCUGUGACCUCGAGUGGGCUGGCCACGCACGCCUCACCCAGUCCCCACGCUCUCGCUCAAGACAUGAAGCACGAAUUGGAAAUCGUCUUCUUCCCGAAAGGAUCUGUACUUGUUGAGCAGGGAGAAAGGAAUCCUGGCUUGUACUACGUCAUCGAUGGCUUCCUUGACAUGUGCGCUUCCUGUGAGGAAAAGCCCAGAGACAUCUUGCACAGCUCUGGCGAAGGGGCGACGGACGUAUCAGAUGGAUCCUUCGCUCAUCGCCGCACGGGAACAUCCACCUCGGAGUUUUCAGCGCCUGAUUUCGGACAGGGUGGCUCAGACGCCCGUAAGAAGGGCGCUGUCCGAAAGAGCGUUGCGCUGAUUAAACCAGGAGGAUUGGCAGGCUACGUCGGGACAGUUUCUUCCUAUCGAUCGUUCAUUGACGUUGUUGCAAAAACAGACGUCUACGUUGGCUUCCUUCCUCGCGCGUCACUAGAAAGGAUAGUGGACAAAUAUCCCAUUGUACUACUGACGAUGGCAAAGAGGCUGACAAGUCUGUUGCCGCGUCUGAUCCUCCAUAUUGACUUCGCCUUGGAGUGGCUAUCAGUCAAUGCCGGUCAGGUCAUCUUCCACGGAGGCGACGAGAGCGACGCGAUCUACCUUGUGCUAAACGGCCGACUGCGGCUGGUUGAGGAUCGCAAAGAUGGCGGAGUGUCUGUGAGGGCGGAGUUCGGCCAAGGCGAGAGCGUCGGGGAGCUCGAGGUGUUGACAGAGUCUGCUCGGACUGGAACCCUCCACGCCAUCAGAGACACAGAAAUCGUCAAGUUUCCGCGGACGCUCUUCAACAGCCUGGCACAAGAACACCCAAGCAUCACCAUCAAGAUCUCUAAGAUGAUCGCGUCAAAGAUGCGCGCUUUUGUUGACGAUCCAGUGGUAUCAAAGGACGGCUGGAGCCGAACCACAGUCAACAAGAGCUCAUCCACGCUCAACCUGCGGACCGUCGCUGUCCUGCCUGUGACUGCGGGAGUGCCCGUGGUUGAUUUCGGUAACCGCCUCAUGUCUGCACUUCAGCAAGUCGGAACUCGCAACGGCGCCACGGUCCUUAAUCAAUCCGCCAUUCUAAACCACCUGGGAAAGCACGCCUUCAGCAGAAUGGGGAAGUUGAGGUUAUCUCAAUACUUGGCAGACCUGGAAGAGAAGUUCGGUCUUGUCGUCUACGUUGCAGAUACAAGCGUCAAUUCAGCUUGGACCCAAACCUGCAUAACGCAGGCCGACUGUAUUCUGCUAGUUGGUCUGGCAGAGGGGUCACCAGAAGUCGGAGAGUAUGAACGCUUCAUGCUGGGCCAGAAAUCCACCGCACAGAAGAUCCUGGUCUUGCUGCAUGCUGAGCGGUAUUCUGUCUCCGGUAUGACAAGAGCCUGGCUGAAGAACAGGGUGUGGAUCAAUGGUGGACACUUCCAUGUACAAAUGGACAUCGGACGCGAGAACCUGCCUCUUCAUCCUCGGGCCAAGCGCCUUGGUCUCAACAUCAAAGAGCGGGUACAAACGUUGCAGGCCGAGAUCCAGAAGUAUACCUCGAGGAAGGUUCGGUACAGCCCUGUUUACGCACCGGAUGCCCCAUUUAAGGGCGAUUUCCACCGUCUGGCCAGACGACUAUGUGGGAGAUCGGUUGGCCUUGUGCUUGGAGGUGGAGGAGCACGAGGAAUUGCGCACGUUGGCAUUAUUCGAGCGAUGGAGGAAGCUGGCAUUCCGAUCGAUGUCGUUGGUGGCACUUCAAUAGGCUCCUUGGUCGGCGGGCUUUAUGCACGACAUGCGGACGUGGUGCCCAUCCUGGGACUGGCAAAAAAGUUUUCCGGUCGGAUGGGCAGCAAGUGGAGGUUUGCGCUAGACCUCACGUACCCCUCGGCUUCGUAUACCACUGGGCACGAGUUCAAUCGGGGUAUCUUCAAGAUAUUCGAGAAGACGCAGAUCGAGGACUUUUGGUUGGAGUUCUACUGCAACACGACCAACAUCAGCAAGAGCCGAGCCGAGAUCCACACCAGCGGGUAUGCAUGGAGGUACAUCCGGGCGUCCAUGUCUCUUGCGGGCCUCCUUCCGCCUCUCUGUGACGAGGGUAGCAUGCUGCUGGAUGGCGGCUACAUCGACAAUCUGACGGUGUCGCACAUGAAGUCACUCGGCGUGGAUACCAUUUUCGCCGUAGACGUUGGGUCUCUGGACGACAACACUCCCCCAGUCGUUCGGCGACACGCUCUCGGGCGCGUGGCAUUCUGGAACCGGUGGAACCCGUUUUCCUCAACGCCAAAUCCGCCAACACUGGCCGAGAUCCAGGCACGCCUCGCGUACGUGUCGAGCGUCGACGCCCUCGAGCGGGCGAAGAACCUGCCGGGGUGCAUCUACAUGCGGCCGCCCAUCGACGACUACGGCACUCUCGACUUUGGCAAGUUCGACGAGAUCACGCAGCUGGGCUACAAAUACGGGCAGGAGUUCCUGCAGGAUCUCAGGGAGAAGGGCUUGCUGCCGCUCAAGGAGGAGAGAGAGGCCAAGGAGGCGCUGAGAAGGACGAUGGCGCCCAGAAGGGCGAGCAUCUAG